GAGAACAGGGAAGGAAUAAUCCGCCUUUUUUGAGACACGUGAAACAGUACCGGUAGACCGUGUACAGCUUUGUAACUUUUAGGCAAUGGCUGUUAAUAUAACUAAGCAGGGUACACGGCGGCUCCGUGUGCUACUGGACAUGGAUGGUGUGUUAUCGGAUUUCGAAGGUGGAUUUCUACGGUCUUACCGGGCUAAGUAUCCUGGUGAACCAUAUGUACCACUUGCUGACCGGAGGGGCUUCGCGUUGACUGAGCAGUACAGCAAGUUGCGACCAGAUCUGGAGGAAAAAGCUGAAAGUAUAUAUGAAGCACCAGACUUUUUUCUGAAACUGGACCCAAUUCCUGGAGCCAUAGCAGCAGUGAAGGAGAUGGUCAACAUGAAAGACAUUGAUAUCUUCAUUUGUACCAGCCCCUUAAAUAAAUACAGUCAUUGUGUGAAGGAGAAGUACAUGUGGGUGGAAAAACAUCUUGGAUCCCAGUUCAUAGAAAGGCUUAUUCUCACAAAAGACAAGACCGUGAUAACAGCUGAUUUGCUUAUUGACGAUAAAGAUAAUAUUGAAGGAGUAGAACCUAACCCUAGUUGGGAGCACAUCCUCUUCACUAGCUGUCAUAAUCAGCACAUUGCUCUCCCACCUCCACGCAGAAGACUGCAGUCCUGGGCAGAUGAUUGGAAGGCAGUCCUUAACAGUAAACACUGCAGCACAUGAUUGUUGGAGAACAAGAAGUUCAGAACAGUGGUCCUAAUUUACUAAAAGUAGUGGUGCAGUGGAACACUUGAGUAAAUGUUCUGUUGAAAUGUGACAUUCAUCAACUGCUAUCUGAUGUAAAGUGUACUACUGAAAAUGUGGAAUGUCUUGAUAUAUAAAUACUCUUCAAAAUCAGCAGAAAGCAACACAUUAAGACUGUUGGACAAAUGAGAUAUGUCUGUCGGAGUGCCGUGUUGAAAUCUAAAGCAAAGUUAUAAGCCUUUGCAUUUCCCAUUUUAGCUGAAUACUAUAAAAUAAAGCACUCCGGUCAAACCUG